CACAUCAGGAUUAAGUUGCCGGCUGUAGUUCUUGAUAAUGUGAUUGGGGACUACUUAUCGGGCCCGUUUGAGUUAUGGAACUAGUUAUGGAAGACCCACCAAACCGAGAUUUCCAUCUCCAACAAGAAGAAGAAGAAGCAGGAGCAGCAGAGGCUACAGAUGAGAGGAUCACAAGGCAGCAAUAUUGUUCAGAAGGUGAUCAGCCUGAGGAGAACUCUGUCAUUCUGACUGAUGGGUGGAGUCGAGGCGAGUUGGACAAGCCAAAUGUGGAGAACGGCGCCGCACCCGCGCUUGACCCCGAUGGAUAUAUCGAUGAGUCUGACCACGGUUCCGCAGGCUCACAGAGCAAUGAGGACCCAACAAGGAAAGAAGACUACUCUGCCGCUGGGGAAGACCAACCAGGGGGUGAGGAAGCACUGGAAGACACCGCACCAGCAACAGAGGGCGAUGCCAUCCCCGAUCAUGUAGAUGGUCCGAAAGGCAGUCUCCAGGAAGACCUUUUGGUCCUUAACGACACAAAUCGCAAUGAUCUAGAAGAAUCGAGAAUUUGGGAUCCUGAGGGAAAAGAGACCGCGCAGAUACCGCGGAAAGUCUCAACGGAGAAGCCGAGGCAUGAACUGAGGACUAAAGUGGAGACCAUCGGCCCCGCCACUCAGGAAACGCCCGUUUUAGGAGUUACUGGAAUACCUGGAGUGAGAAGAUACCUGAUUGGCGUCGGAAUAGUAUUGGCACUCGUCGCCAUCUUGGUGCAGCGUGUUCUCCGGCCCGAGCCUCCGCCUCCUAGCAACACGCCGCCGAUCGACAUCUUCCUCAGGCAGCUGGAAAAAGUCGAGACUCGCUUCCCUCACCAGCGCCCCGAGCUGUGGCUCCGCAGCCGGAUCCACCUGAAGAGGCACCUCCUGACGCAACGGCCCAGCGAGCCCGUCAGUCUGAUCCUGACGGCGGGGGUCGCGGGCCGCCGGACGUUGCGAUGCCUGGCCCGCGACCUGGCCUCCGCCUUCUCCUCCGCCCUCAACGCCUCCGUGCUGCACAUCGACGGCGCCAGCAAAGUCGGACAGGAUAGCGACCAGGUGAAGCUGGACAUCGACGGCCAGCUGCAGGUCGCCUUUGAAGAGGACAAACCCGUGGCGGUGAUUCACCGCUUCGAGCAGCUGCCCCCGGGCUCCACCCUCAUCUUCUAUCGCUACUGCGACCACGAGAACGCGGCGUACAAGAAGACCUUCCUCAUCUUCACCGUGCUGCUGGAGGGAGAGGAGGAGAUACCAGCCGGGACUUCUUUGAGCGCCGUGGAGGAGAUGGUAGACGACCACCUCCAGAGGAAAUUCCUCUCGCACGGCCGUCCUCUGGCCUUCGACAGGAUGGACCUGGACAAGUACAGCGGACUGUGGAGCCGCAUUUCGCACCUCAUCCUUCCUGUUGCCACGGAGGCGUGGACGGAGCAUGAAAGCUGCUCGUGACCAUUCGGAUUAUCUUUGACUGUCUCUUUGAGGUUGGUGGCGGAAUUUCGACAGAUUUGCUGAACAGUUGUUGGACGGUGAUCAAGUCCAGUUGAGCGCAGCUCCACCAACGUUGACCAACUCUUGCGUAUCAACCCGCAUGUGUUACUAAUGAAAUGAAGGACUUUUUUUUAAAAAUAAAUCAAUGUUUUAAAAAUGUAAAAACAUACACAUAUGUAUAUUUUAAAUCAUGAAAAUCUGUUGUAUAUGUUGCCUCGCUUCAUAAAAGCCAACCAAACUGCUCUGAAAAAAAUAACUAUCCACGUAACAAUAAAAAACGCGACUGGUUCUAGUGUAGACGUUGGUUUGAUUCUGUAUGGUUUGAAAAUAAAUUUAAAUCGUGUAAUUUAAGCAGUGUAAUCCUGUACAUAAAAUAGUUUUACAAAAUCCAGACAUUUAAUAUAUAAUGCAAACGUAGAACUAAAUUAAGUCACAGCUCACAAUAGCAAAAUUAAUGGUUAUUGGUUUACCAAUUUUAAAGAGAUUAUUACUUUUUUUUAUGUCCAUGUUUGAUUCUCUGACCACUAACUGCUUUUUGCAUCUCGAGACACAACACUAUUUGAAGCGAGUGUUUGUUUUCUGCAAUUCCUGUCGCACUACACUAUAGUGUGCCUUACAUCGCACUUCCACCGUCAUACUUUUCAGGAAGAAAGUACACGACUGAUUCAUACUGUACACGUGCCUUCAAUCGAAUAAAGACAAUUCUGAGGCC